UAUUUUUUCCGUGACCAAUGCAAUUAGCCAAAGCAGCCAAAGGAGGCUGUAGGGUAAUUUCUGACUGCUUCGACAACGUCCAGUGAAUUAUUUCAAGAAUGGAUUACCGACUUUUAAAAUUAUACAACGAGGAGGAAUUUGACAGGAUCACGAGGGGCAUAAAAGUCGCAGAGUGUAUGCAGUUAAGGUCGGCGUCGAGUGAGUUCUGGACUUUUCUUGAGCUAAACUCGAAUGUCAAAUUUACUCGGAUCAAUUGGAACGGGUUUUGGCACUGAGCAAGAAGAUGGUUCCGAGGCGGAGAAAUUAUUGAACCAACUUGAAGAUUUAGCUGUUUCUGACUCUCGGACUUGCUCCUUUUGUAAUACUACAUUUGAAGAUCUAGUACAGCAACGGUUGCACUAUAAACUAGAUUGGCAUCGCUAUAAUCUUAAGCAGAGACUUCAAGGAUUGAAGUCGAUAACUGAAGAUGACUUUAGUCUUUUAGCUGAUAAAGAUUCUAUGUCUAGUAUAUCCGGUACCGAUUUGGAAUCCGACUGUGAAAGUGAAACCAGCGCGUUUGAGACUGGAGAAUUAUCAAACAGACGAUUGCAGAACGAGUCUAUAGCUGGAAUUCAUCCACAUCCUGCAAGGAGAAAAAUGGGAAAGCAAAACGAGAAAACAGAAAAUUCAGAUAGUUCCGAUGGAGAUGUCGAGGAUGAGGAUACAAAAAACAAAGAGACGGAGAUGUACCUGUCUGCAGCAAAACGUCAUUUAAAAGUGUUCUUCGAAAAUGAUAAUGGAAAUAUUUUCAGUAUAUAUAGAUGCCUGCUGCAUAAUAAAAAGACAAUUCCGGAAGUCGACAGUGAAAUGAUAGCUCAAGCAUUGAAUAGUGGAAAAAGAAGUAUGUGGACUGUCAUCAUGCUUGGUGGGGGUCAUUUUGCAGCAGCAGUAUUCCAAGGAGGAGAAGUCGUCGUUCAUAAAACCUUUCACCGUUAUACCGUGCGAGCAAAACAGGGCAGUGCCCAGUAUUCUCGAGAUACGCGGAUGAUGGGAAAUAUGAAAAGUCCUGGAACAAUCUUACGUCGUUACAAUGAGUCUAUGCAUGUACAACAGAUACAAGAAUUUUUAGAAUCAUGGGCCUCACACAUCAAUACGUCUUCGUUAAUCCUGUAUAGAGCUGCCGGCCCUUAUAAUCGUACUAUAUUAUUUGGAGGAAGAAAUCCACCUUUAGAUAGAAGUGACUCCAGAUUGAGACCAUUACCAUUCCCUACUCGAAGAGCAACAUUUAGUGAAGUGCAACGAGUCUAUGAUGUUCUAACCUCUAUUGAAAUUUAUGGUUCGGCUGUAAACUUUAAGGAUUCCUUUCCUGUAUCGCCUCGACAGCUGAACGCCAAAAAGGCUUUAAAGUCAAACUUGCCUGUAAAAGAAGAAGAAAAUGGCACUAAAAUAGCCAAUGGUUUCUUGCCAGCAGAAGUAGGAAGUCUUCCAUGUACAACAGAAGAGAUAAAGAAUAACUCCCCUCAAAAUGUUACGAGAAAGAGACAUCGCAAACUUCAAACCCGUAUCGAUAGGGCAAAACCAAGAAAAAGUCCUCGACGUCCACUACCUGAUAUAGUUGCUCGAUUGGCCCAAUCUUCCUCGGAAUCAGAGUUGAAUCUGAAUAUUAACAGUAUGGAUAUCGAACUGGUGGAGGAAGACUUCCAAAUUAAUUUUGAAGAUCAUCUACAAGCGUUUCAAGAUAGUGUUCCGAGGUAUUUGAAGAAUAAGAAAAUUCGACGUCAAAAGAAAAAUAUUAGGAAAAAUCGCAAUGACGGUGAGUCUUUAAAAUCAUGAGUUGCUUUUAGGUAUUCAGAAAGCAGGACACAAAAUAUACACAUUCGUGAUGAUUCUCAGUAUUACGUUGACGAUCAAUGUUUUAACCUUGUUAAAUGGGGCUAGAAAAAUAAUUUGCAGGGUAAUUCAUUGUGACGAUCGCGUGAUACUAUUUUACUAUGCAGUAAAGAUUUGUAAUGAUUUUAAUGGUACCUGGCAUGUCGGCAAAAGCAGUAGUCCGUCUUAAUUUGACUCCAGAAAAGUGUUUCACGUUGCUCGAUAAAUCUUGUCUAAUUGUGUACUAUAUGUAUAGUUCAAGCUUAUAUGACAGAUUUUGUCAUUGAAAUCUUGAACAUAACACGAUACUGCCUAAUUUGUUACACUAGAGCGGUAGUUCACAUUUUAAACUGUAAAUUCAUAUCGGUGAUAUGGUAUUGCAAUACCAAGCCGGGAACACACAGGGAAAUCAUGGGUGGGAAAUAGAAUGAGAAUUAUUAUAGGAUGUAAAUGGGAUCUCUGAUCUGUUGGUUCUAAGAUAACAGCUGAGUACAUAGUACUCAUUGUGUACAUGGUAACUGUAAGAAUCUGUGUUUAAGGUUAGCGAGAUAAACAUUAAUUAGUUUGCAAACCUCUUCGCAUAAAGAAAUUGAAAAUUUCUUUAAACGAAGGGAAGUGUUAAAUUUGAUAAGUUACUAAUAAAGUAACUAGAUAGAGAACCACAAACCGAUGCUAUGAGUUUUGUAUGCCACGAUCUAAAACAGUUUUGACUAAAACUGAAGGAAGUGACGGUAUAAUGCAUGCAGAUUUUUUAUCUUGGUAAUUAUUUAGCUUCUACGUUAACAAGUCUUACAAAAGUGAGUGUUAUGCAGAGUUUGCACACGUAACGAUGAUAUAUAAGUACAAGCACAAACAAGACAUUAUCAAAUGGAACAUACGAUCCAACGGAAGCAAUGUUCGAAAUGAAAUGUAACUUAAAGUUGUACAAUAAAGUUGAUUAUUCUGGUAAUAGUGA